AUGGCUGAAGCCAUAAUACAACAACAACAAUGGCAACAACGGCAACAACAACCACCUCCCCCACCUCCAAUGCCUGAUAGAGAGGCAGCUAAAUUCAUGGAACUCAAACAGGGAAAUAAGUCAAUUGCUGAAUGUGAGGCUCAGUUUACAGAAUUAGCUCGCUUUACACCCCACAUAGUACUUGAUAGGGCACUAAUAGCGGAAAGAAAUGUGGCCAGCCGUAAACAAAACUUCGAAUGGAAAGGUAGAAAACAGAAUUUUAGUAAGGGAACUACUUCAUCAAACAAGAAGUUCAAGUCGGGGAAUUCUGGUAAUACUGGUUCAAGCCAAAGUGGUGAUUCAACAUCAGCUUGUACUACUUGUGGAAAGAAACAUAGAGGUGUAUGCUACCGUGCAACAGGGGCUCGUUAUCACUGUGGGAAGUUUGGGCGCAUUGCCAAGGAUUGCACUCAACCACGUCAGGGUGGCAACCAAGGUGCCACAAGCUCAAUUGGGUCAACUUCCACAACGAAACCAGCUGCAACAUCACCCACCACAAGAAAUGAACAAAGACCUAUGGAAACAUUGAAUUAUAUGCUAUGUGUUGCAUCACCUGUGGGGAGAUCCAUGCUAUGUUCAACUAUGUUUAUUGCAUGUGAAUUAUUUCUCGGGGAUGCUACUUUGUAUGCUGAUUUAAUACCUUUAGACAUGGGACAUUUUGAUGUUGUUUUGGAUAUGGAUUGGCUAACUAAAUACUAUGCAACUAUUGAUUGCGCCUCAAAACGAGUAAUAUUCCGACCUCCCGGGCAAGAUGAAUUUUAUUUUGAGGGAAAUGGGGUAGUCUCACCACCAUACCUUAUAUCUGCAAUGAAAGCCCGAAAACUAAUGAAUAAGGGUCGUCAAGGGUAUUUGUGUAGUGUAAUAACCGAAGCAACAGUAGACAUUACUCUAGACAGUAUACCGGUGGUGAGAGAUUUUCCUGAUGUGUUUCCGAAUGAAUUACUUGGCCAACUUGUUGAUAGAGAAAUUGAAUUCAUAAUUGAUGUAAUACCGGGAACUCGACCAAUUUCUAAAACUUCCUACCGUAUGUCAACUACUGAAAUGAAAGAAUUGAAAAUUCAGUAG